AUGAAAGUUCCAUCGACAAAUUUAUGUUCGUUUGUUAUCUUUUUAAUUGGUAUCACAAACGUUAAUGCAAAGCAUGACAGUACAAAAGCAGCACCAUAUUCAAGAUCAGGAUUAUCAGGAAGAACCUCUUCAGCAUGUUCCCUGUUAGUAGGUGUUACAGCUACAUUUUGUGAUCCAACCUCACCCUAUGCUGCUAUGUGUUACUGUGUUGAUCCAAAUGCAUUGGCUACUAUCGCAGGUUGUUACCACCUAGCCAACAGGGUGUCACAGGAAACAGUCGAAGGUUUAAGUGAAAGUUGUGCAGAACUUAAUACAACCAUUACGCUAGACGAUUUUGAAGCAGCAUAUGAUAAUUAUACUUCCAAUGCCAAAGAGACAAGUGAUAUCAAAGAUUUCAAUGCUACUGUUCCUGUAGAUGUUCCAGUUAAAUUAAACUCAACUUCAGUCAAAUUAUAUAUCGAUGCUUAUGACCAAUUUUUGGGUAAUUAUGAUGAUUCGUUAUAUUACGGUUCGGGGGUUUUAGGUUAUUGGGCGUUCGUAUUCCUAGUUGCAACAAUUGUGAACUGGUCAAAAAUAAUAUUCCCAGGAUUGGUAAGAAAGUUCACCGGUCCAGUAUCAAACACAUGGAGAAAACAUGUUUCGUUACCUGCUGCAGCUAGCAAAAAUAAAAGCAACGAGAAACC